UGCUGGAGGUCCUGAUUUGUUAGGAAAUGUUUAUACACCAAGAGGAAAUAUACAAGUUCAGUCACCAUAUUUGGAAGUGUCAGCCUUUAAUCCAAGAGCAAAGUUAUCAGCCACAGGCAAGAAAGCGGAUAAAAAAGUAGAUUCUGCUGCUGCUUUAGGUUCAUUAAAGGAAACAAGAACUACACUUUGGAUGCCAUGGAAAAAACAGAGCCGUCCUUUCUCUCCAGAUAAAAUGGUCAUCCCACUUCCUGUGCCACAUCCUGCCCACAUAGCUGUUACAAUUUAUAACCGAGAUUCUGAUGAUCCCAUACCUCUGGAGUCUGACAUUUGUCAAAAUAUUUUAAGGGGCAUAGAGGAAAGCCAUGCUUCUCCAGAUGACAGUGGCAUAGGCAGAUUUAGAGGAGGAGGAGAUUCCUUUGAGGCCACCAGCUCAAGUUCUGACACUCUCGACAGUCCACAACUAGAUGCCAUGGAACUAAAUCGUCACUCUUCUGAGGGAGUAUAUCAGUGGACUUUAAGUAACUGGGGUCAACGUAAGCGCAAUAAUUCAGAUAGUGUUCGAGUCGAUCUUGCUAGUCCCGAAGAUGUUACUUUAGACAGCGAUAGCACUAGAGUGGUUUUUAGUACCUAUGGGACAACAGUUUGAAGUGUUUUUUUUUUUAUAUUAAAGUUAUUGAUGCUCUCUAAAAGGCUUUUUAUUCUAUAAGUUAUUGCUUCAGUUCAUUAAUAAUAUUAUUAGAAAGGUGCCUCAAAAUGCAUACAUAGCUUUAUCAAUAUUUCAGAUAUUAAAAUUAAUAAAGUACAAGUACAAUCUAUAUCAAAUUAGGCAGUACUUGUAUGUACUAAGUCAUUAAAUGGUAAUUAUAAUAUUACUAUUAUUGAACAUGUCUGGU